AUGGAGCGACCCAUGUGUUGGAUAAUUCGAGAAGAUCGCAGUUAUUGAACAGCAGUCUUGCUGACAUCGAUUUGACAGGGAUAAGACAGUCCAACUUUAUCCGUGGAAAUUGCUCCAAUUUAAUAAUUGAAAUAAUAUAUCGAAAGCUGGUCAAUCUCUAAAUUCCUAACAAAAACAACAGGUUCGACUUCUGUUGUCGCCUCCAUUUUAUAGCCAAUUAUAGCUAAGCUUGUUUCCAGAAUUUUUAAAAUGUUGAGUGUUGCAAGAACAGCUUCAAGGUCUCUCCCCUCACCGAACUACUCGCGAAGCGUGUCCUCUUUGAUAAAGAAGGCUUGCUGGAAUGGACUUCAGCAAGAUGUUCUCAGAGUUAUAUCUAGACGUAACUAUGCAUCAGAGGCGAUCAAAGGGUCAGUGAUUGGAAUUGACCUGGGUACUACUAACUCCUGUGUUGCAGUUAUGGAGGGCAAGCAAGCAAAGGUCCUGGAGAAUGCAGAGGGAGCCAGGACGACCCCUUCUGUGGUGGCCUUCACAGCUGAUGGUGAGAGACUGGUGGGCAUGCCAGCCAAAAGACAGGCAAUCACCAACCCAAACAACACCCUGUAUGCCACUAAGCGUCUCAUUGGGCGUCGUUUUGAUGACGCAGAGGUUCAAAAGGACCUGAAAAAUGUGCCAUACAAGAUUGUCCGUGCGUCCAAUGGUGAUGCCUGGGUCGAGGCGCAUGGGAAGCUCUACUCCCCCAGCCAGGCUGGUGCCUUCGUGCUGAUGAAGAUGAAGGAGACUGCUGAAAACUACAUGGGCCACAAAGUGAAGAAUGCUGUUGUCACUGUGCCGGCCUACUUCAAUGAUUCACAGAGACAGGCCACGAAAGAUGCUGGUCAGAUCGCAGGGCUGAAUGUGCUGCGGGUAAUCAAUGAGCCAACCGCUGCCGCUUUGGCCUAUGGCCUGGACAAGACUCAGGACAAAAUCAUUGCAGUCUAUGACCUGGGGGGUGGCACCUUUGACAUCUCUGUCCUGGAGAUCCAGAAGGGUGUGUUUGAAGUGAAGUCCACCAACGGAGAUACCUUUCUGGGGGGGGAAGACUUUGAUCAGUAUCUACUGACCCACAUUGUAAAGGAGUUCAAGAGAGAGUCUGGUGUUGAUCUGACCAAAGACAACAUGGCUCUGCAGCGAGUCAGGGAGGCUGCUGAGAAAGCCAAAUGUGAAUUGUCAUCAUCCCUGCAGACCGACAUCAACCUGCCCUACCUGACCAUGGAUGCCUCUGGCCCCAAGCACCUGAACAUGAAGUUGACACGCUCCCAAUUUGAGGGCAUCGUGUCUGAUCUGAUCCGCAGGACGGUGGCCCCCUGCCAGAAGGCCAUGCAAGAUGCAGAAGUCUCCAAGGGGGACAUUGGAGAGGUGCUGCUGGUCGGUGGUAUGUCUCGUAUGCCCAAGGUUCAGCAGACAGUCCAGGACCUGUUUGGACGGGCCCCCAGCAAGUCAGUCAACCCAGAUGAGGCGGUGGCCAUUGGAGCUGCCAUCCAGGGUGGUGUGCUGGCUGGUGACGUUACUGAUGUGCUUCUUCUGGAUGUCACCCCCCUUUCCCUUGGUAUUGAGACCCUUGGAGGAGUGUUCACCAAACUCAUCAACAGAAAUACCACCAUUCCAACCAAGAAGAGCCAGGUGUUCUCAACAGCAGCUGAUGGUCAAACCCAGGUAGAGAUCAAAGUAUGCCAGGGAGAGCGAGAGAUGGCAGCUGACAACAAGAUCCUGGGACAGUUCACUUUGAUUGGAAUUCCUCCUGCCCCCCGAGGAGUACCCCAGAUCGAGGUCUGCUUUGACAUUGACGCCAACGGAAUUGUGCAUGUGUCUGCCAAGGACAAGGGCACAGGCCGCGAACAGCAGAUUGUGAUCCAGUCCUCUGGUGGCCUCAGCAAGGAUGACAUUGAGAACAUGGUUAAGAACGCUGAGAAGUAUGCUGAGGAGGACAGGAGGCGGAAGGACCGUGUUGAGGCUGUUAACCAGGCUGAGGGCAUUGUCCAUGACACAGAGUCCAAGAUGGAGGAGUUCAAGGAUCAGCUACCUGCUGAUGAGUGCAACAAACUGAAGGAAGAGAUUGCCAAAGUGAAAGACUUGCUGUCACGGAAGGAUGAAGAAACUGGUGAGAACAUCAAACAGGCUGCAAAUACUCUACAGCAGGCGUCACUCAAACUAUUCGAAAUGGCUUACAAGAAGAUGGCAUCAGAGAGGGAAGGUGGCAGUAGCAGUUCUGGAUCAUCGUCUGAAGGUGGAGCUGGAGAAAAGAAGGAAGGACAGCAGUAAAACCUUUGCACUUGGUUGUCAUAGAGACAUGGACUGAUAGGCUUGGGAGGGCAUGAGUCGUCCUGAGUGAUGGCUGCUGCGUUCAAGUCAUUCUCACAUACUGUUUUUUGCAGUAAAAAUAUACAGUAAAAUGAUAUGGUAUGUUCCUCCACCCCAUUGUAAUUUAAUUGUUAAAAACAAUAUAUAUUGUCUGUUUUAAAAACAUUUGUGUGCAUCUGUUGUGAGGUAGUGAAUUACAUAGCAUUUGUUUGUCCAGUCCUGCCAUGAUGCCAUUUUGGUUUCAAUAGCUCUGUUUCUGUCUGUUCAAGUGAUUGGACUCCAGUGGUCCGGCAAUAGGAGUUGGGCUGUUCUCUAGCUUCAUACUUUUUCUGUUCAUCAGGCCUAUCUGUUUUACGAAAAAAGUUUGCAUAUGUUUAGUGAUGAGCAAAACCGCAUACCAUGUGGUUAUAUGUAUAAUGUGACAAAUUCAACUACUGGGUUUUAUUUCUGUUCUUAGACAUUUUGAUCUUUAAUAGCUGGAUUUCCAUUCAGUACAGAGGAACAUAAGUUGGCCCAUUCUCCCUAACAUCUUCAUGAUGCGGACCUGAGGAUGAACAUCUGGCUAGACAUUACCUUGCAUACAAUAGGGAAAGAAAUAUACAGUAGCUACAUUUGUACAAACCAUUUGUUUCUGCAUGGGUAAUGUGGAAUGUCCCGACGGGUGUAAGAGGAUGGGGGUGCACAUUUGUAACUCUCCUCACUUUGGUAAGAAUGUCAGUCAUUCCCACAGAAAUGAUAUCCCAUCACUGUAGUAUGACGUGUGUGCUGCAGCCAAUUGACAGAUUAAGUUGGCAACAGUUGUCUGUGCAGAGAGAAGACCAGUGUGCAGUGGAUUCAUGUGAAACGGGGUUGGCUGAGGGAUAUAUUUCAUUGAAAAUGUGUGGUCUAAACUGCAGUUGCUGUCUUUUCUAAUAAAAUUACUUUCAACAGUG